AUGGCUGCGACUAACUCUGCUGAAAGGGACGCCCUUUCGGAGGAGCGAGAAGCAGCUUUGUUAUUAGCCGGUGAAGACGAGCAAGAAGACAGUUCUAAAGACGAAGACAAUCUAAACCUCAAGGCUAUGGUUAAGAGCAUGGGCGAGGAUUUGAGAUCUGUUCUCAAACGUCUUUCUCGGGUCGAAACUGACAAGGAAAGACCAACGAAAAGACUCCGAGUUGCUGAAGAAACAGAGAGUGAUAGUCCACACUCUGACGCAGAAGUGGAACUCUCAGAUUCAGAGCAGCUUAUCGUGCCGCAAACAGAAGGCGGCCAAAAUGGCGAAGCGCCAAACUCAAUCCCCUCAGUAGCUGAGGAUGACUUAUUGAGCGAGAUAGCUCAGGAUUUUGCUGAUGAAGCUACGACAGGACCAAAGGUUAGCCAGAAGCUGGCAGAUAUUAUAAAUCAGCGUUGGUCCUCAAAGUUGGAAGAGCCCAAACUGAAGGGCAAGAUGGGAAAAUAUGACCGGCCAGACAAUUGCGAGAAGCUCGCUGUGCCGAAAGUAAACCCUGAGAUUUGGUCAAAGCUCAACCAUACUGCUCGAGGUGCAGACCUUAAAUUGGUCAACUUUCAAAAAACACUCGUCAAAGUUGGGGUUGCCCUAACUAAAUCUACUGAUUCCCUUGUGAAUAUCAGAAUAAACAUAAGUUCAGACGCUGAACUCAAACAACAACUUGCCGACCUCGUGACCAACAAUACUGACGCCUUGGCAAUGCUCGGUCACGUUCAUGUCGAGCUCCUGCUGCGUCGCCGUGAGCUGAUAAAACCGAACGUAAACAAGGAAUAUUCAUCCUUAUGUUCGUCCCAAACACCGAUAACGGAAUUCCUCUUUGGGGAUGACUUGCAGUCCCGGUUAACCAGCAUAAAGGCUUCGAAUAAAAUCAGCCAAGAAGCUACGAGCAGCCAGAGUCAAGCCGGCCAGAAUGCCUUUCCUAGGCGCCAUUUUGACACCUCAAAAUCCCGUCAAAAAGGGAAAUCAUUUCCUAAUAGUAAUAACGGCAAGGCUUUUUUAUGGCAAGGCAGGGGCAACAAUUAUCGCCCCUACCAAAACAAGCCUCAAUUCCAAGCCAGGAAGAAGAACCAGCAUGCCCAGCAUUAACUACAACAACGACGUUUCCCGCCAUUACACAGGUAAAUACUUCGACUUGUAAUUCACUUAUAACAUAUUUUCAAAAUAAAGUCGCAUGCUUUAACGCAGGUCGACUUCGUGAAUUUCACAACGAAUGGAUGUUUAUUACCUCAGACGCUGAGAUUUCAGACAUGGUAUUGGGGCCCUUUCAAUUAUUUGUUCCUAAGGAGAGAACAUAUAAUCACAUACAAACACAGGCAAUUGAGGUAGAAAUUGAAACUCUCCUUAAGAAAGACGUCGUUGUUCUUACGGAACAUGAAAAUGGGGAAUAUAUUUCCCCUAUUUUUACAACAGCAAAAAAGGAUGGGUCAGCAAGAAUGAUCCUAAACCUCAAAUCUCUAAACAAAUUUAUCGAAUACAAACAUUUUAAAAUGGAGUCCUUCUCUACCAUUGUAAACAUGGUUAAGCCCAACUGCUUUAUGGCUUCAGUAGAUUUGAAGGAUGCAUAUUAUUCAGUGCCAAUACAUCCAGAACAUCAAAAGUAUUUAAAAUUUAAUUGGAAAGGGCAACUGUAUAAGUUUACUUGUUUCCCUAAUGGCUUGGCCUUUUGUCCUAGAAAGUUUACAAAGCUGUUGAAACCAAUCAAUUCAUACUUAAGACAGCUAGGUCAUAUUUCUGUCAGUCACAUUGAUGAUUCCUAUCUUCAAGGUGACGAUUAUGAUGAUUGUGCAAGUAAUGUGUUAGACACAACAAAAUUGUUUGAUUCUGUAGGAUUUGUGAUCCAUCCUGACAAAUCAUCCCUGAUACCUAAACAACAGAUGACCAUUCUUGGUUUUACAAUUAAUUCUGUAGAAAUGAGGGUUUACCCCAGUAAAGAUAAGGUGGCAAAAAUAAAAGCCUUAUGCACAGAACUUAUACAAAAUGCUGCCCCAACUAUUCGGCAGGUGGCGUCAGUGUUGGGUCUACUAGUAUCCAAUUUCCCAGCUGCGCAAUUCGGACCUUUACAUUUUAGAGACCUUGACAUGGACAAAACUGAGGCACUAAAACUAAAUAAAGGAAAUUUUGAUAAACAUAUGAAAUUUGUCAAAAGCAUCAUAUGAUGACUUGCACUGGUGGGUUAAAUCAGCUGACAGCCUGUUUAAACCUAUUGGCCUUUCACAGCCUGAA